AUGUUUUCCACCCUUGUAUUACAGGUUCUUACCUUUGAGCGUGCUUACUGCUUACAGGAACUUCCUGGGUCAUCAGUCAUUAGGGCUUUGGCGACAUCCCUCCGCAAACCAGGGAUAUGGACUCUUCCACAGGUUUAUGUGAAGGCUGGCUCUACAUUAUUGGAUAUUAUUCAAGCAAAACCUUCCAGGCUACCAAUAUCCUCACAGGAACUGUUCAGUAUCCUUGAUGAUGCUAGUGAGAGAACAUUCUUAUGUGCUGGCACAGCUGAGUCCAUGCAGAAGUAUGUCUUUGAGGGGGAAGCUGCAAAAAAUGGCCUUGAGUUGAGGAACUUAGUUGCUUGCACCAGCUUCCUUUUCGAAUAUCAGCUGGUGAAAGCAUGGAUUGCCGACAAAGAUGCAGAGGCUUUGAGAUGUCAGAAACUGCUUGUGGCGGAGGAAGAAGCUGCACAGAAAAGGCAAGCUGAACUGUUGGAGAGGAAAAAACAGAAAAAGCUUCAUCAGAAGGAACAAAAGGCGAGGGAGCAAUUGAAUGAGUGCAAGGCGGAGCUGAAUAUAACUAUUGAUGCACUAGCGCAGCAUCUUUUGGCCGAAGCAUCUGGCUCUCCAUCUCCAUCUGAUUUCAGUCCAAAUUCUCCAAAUUUGCCAGCAAACAUUGCAUCUUGCCCUGAACACAUUCAGUUUCCUAGCAAAGAAAUAGAUGAGGAUAUUGAAGCUCAGAUUGAUUUCGACAGUGAACAUAUUGACCAGGACAAUUUCCGGACACAUGAACCCCGGACAAUGGUAGCAAAUGGCCGCCGGCAUUUAGUGACCAAUCGCUGGCAGGUACCAAAUUCUCAAAGGUGUGGCCAAAAUGGCAUUCAUGUUAGUCAAAAUCUUCAAGCUUCAAAGUCCGAAUCUGUACAAAAGAUUGGUCCUUCCAGAGACCAGGGGAUUCUACUUAAUGGCGGCAAAAUUUGGACCAAGAAAUGUAAAGCAGAGAAUGGAAGGGAGAGCUGGAGACGCAGAGUGCAAAGAGAGUCUGGCAACCAAACAGAAGGGAAUAGAUGCGAGGUGAUGAUCGGUUCUAUUUCUGUCACGCUGAGAAAUUCUCUCACACAGAAACAGGAUGCUCAUCCGGAUAAAGCAACCGAUGCCAUGCUUAAGAACGGUAAUUCUGAAAAGCCAAUUAAAUCUGAUGGCGUUCAGUUUGGUAUGAACCGAGUGGCUGCCAAGCUUUGGAUGCCUGUGAGUCGGCUUGAAACUAGAGGUCCCUUGCCAUUUGAAAGAGGCAACAAAGAUUCUGAAGACGGGCUUUUAUUGGAAAAGGUUUAUGAUCGAACUGCAUCCAGCGAAAGAUGUGUACAAUCAUGUUCCAUGGAGGAUAAUGAUUAUGGCAAUAGUGGGAAGAACUGCCAUGUGUUUUCAGAUGCUCAGCCAGGAUCUUCGGUCUUCUCCAGUACUGAUGCAAAAGAGUUUCUUGCACAGAGAUGGAAGGAAGCUAUCUCAGCUGAUCAUGUGAGAUUGGUCCUAUCCUCAGAGCUCGAAUUUCCCAGCUGCCCUGAUGUCCAAGAUGACUAUUCAAUUACCGCUCUGGGGUCAGAUAUUAAAGAAUGCAGCUUUCUCGGCAAUGCCGAGAACCGGCCCAUUUUGUCAACCAGUGGAAAUGUUCAAGUUAAGGUUAGAACAAAGGCAGACAAGAGUUUGAAGGGCUACUGA